AAAUGCGGAAAUGGUACAACAGCGUCACCUACUCUGAAAGGCAUACAGUUGGAAGGGACGGGUGAGGAAAUCUGAAGUGAUGCAUUGUUAGUCUUUAUCAGCGGUUGUGUAUUAUUUUGGAAUUGUGGUUAUUCAGUACAGUGUUGAAUCUUGCGGUAUCCUCUUGUGGCAAGUCAGAAUGAGCAUUGUGACAAAUCCAACCUCUGCAACUCCGGGAACUGGUAAUGGAGUGUCUGGUAAUGGAGUGUAUGUGGCCUUCAUAUUACUGGCAGUGUUUUUUAUCACUGGUCUGUCUGGCAUUCUUCUCUGUCAUCUGCUAAAAAAAAAGGGGUACCGCUGCACAACAGAUGCAGAGACUGAAAUAUGUGAAGAGAAACCUACAGAGGCUGAGAAAGCAGAAACGUAUGACUCAUUCAGCGAAUGUAAUGCUGAUACUGUAGGGCAAAUCGUCCACUAUAUCAUGAAAAAUGAAGCAAAUGCUGAUAUGUUGAAGGCUAUGGUUGCAGAUAACAGCACUGUUGGAGAUGGUAUCCUUGAAGCUGAGAGCCCAUUAAGUCCUAAUACUCCAAAUUCACCAACCACUCCUGGAUCUCCUGUCAGUCCUGGCAUUCCUGGCUUAACUCCAACUAAACACACUUGCCGUGGGCAUCAUCUGCACACUGUUGGUGGAGUUAUUGAAAAGGAUGUUUGCACACGCUGUUCCCACAAAAGAUGGCCGUUGAUGAGACAAAAUAGCAAGACUAAGGAAGUAAGAAAGAGCCGUCCUGGAGAAACUACAGUGCUGUCUGUAGGAAGGUUUAGAGUCACAAAGACUGAUGUCAAAUCCCAUCCAAGAGAAAGAAAAGCCUUAACUUCUGAGUCAGCAGAUGGGGAAAUACCUACUUCUCCAGUGAAAACAGGAGGGAAACAAAAAAGUGAUGUACAAACACCGACAAGAAAAAGCCCUGAAAAGUGAUUUUUGUAAGGUAAGUGUGUAAAAGUU